AUGAAGGAUUUUCCUGGGACGCCUGGGACUUUGACAGGGCUUCUUCUCAGGAUUUCCCAAUGCGUCUUUGCUGCUGGGUCUAUUGCUUCCAUGGCUACCACUGCCAGCUUCUUCAAUUUCACAGCUUUCUGCUACCUGAUUGCUUCAAUGGGUCUGCAAGUCAUCUGGAGUUUAGUGCUGGCAUUGCUAGAUGCAUAUUCCUUAGUGAAAAAGAAGGUCCUCCACAACCCUGUAUUGCUUAGCCUCUUUGUAGUUGGAGACUGGGUUACAGCAACACUGUCUCUUGCAGCGGCUUCUGCCUCAGCUGGCAUAACUGUGUUGUACUUCAGUGACUUGAGCCACUGCAAUUUUGGAGAGGAAUGUCAAAAAUACCAGAUGGCAGUUGCAUUGGCGUACCUGAGCUGGAACAGAAACAAGAAAUUGCAGCGUCAAUAG